AAAUCUGGCAAUAUGUGCAGCUGGUAGAGUUUUUUUUAUGCACGAAAGGUUUCGCUGGGUAGCUUUAACGUAUAUUAGACACCUUCCAGUUGGUGGCGUCGCUCAGAAUCGGAUGAACACUGGCGCUGGCAGGACCAUCGGCGCGAGUUUCCGGUCCCCUAUCGUGCGCGGUGGUCGUGAAACGUGGCUCACAGGAGAAAGGUAGCAAAACUCGAGAAGAAAAAGAGAAAACCUACGAGCAAACCAAAAGGCGAACGGAAAAACAAAAACAAAACCGCAACCAAUAACUGGGUUGAAGAUAAGCAGGCGGCAGUGACAGCGCGGCCUGUCAAUUGCGUUGAAACAACGGUGGAUGGUAGUGGAUUGUUACAUAAAAAAGUAACUCGAAGCAAUAGCGGCAAUGAUUCCAAGUAGCCAGCUUGAGGCCAAAUCACAAGCUAGCGCCAAAAAAUUGUGUUGCAUGGAUGUGAGUUUGGUGUGUGAGUGAUGUUUUGCCCCGGAUUUAACGCGCUACAGUUACACGAGUUUCACCCUGUGGUUAAAAUAAAUGGCCGUAAUAGCAACCGUGUGAUGGUAGAAACACAAAAGAUAAAGACAUGAAAGCAGCAGCAGCAGCAGUAGGCCAUGAUUGUUGAUGUGAUUUUCGCUGUUUCCACUGUGCUGGAUGAAAGCUUUUUCCAAGGAUUUCUGGCUCUCACGCAGCGGGUUUUCUCAAAACGAGACGGAAGUGAAGCUGCCCAGUGUUCAGUUUAAUUCCGUGGUGUGUGUAUGGAAAAGAUUGGCCAUGUUACCCGUUGGUGGUGUGUUAUCUGUGGUGGAUUCUGUUUUCGUUCAACAAAAAGCACCCCCAAGGUUAUUCGCUUAAAGUGCUUACAGUGCAAGGGAAAAAUCGACCACUACUGUGAGUGAGUGAAUCCGCUAACAAGGUGGUGCAAGCGUGAGAGCGAAGGGAGCGAACGACCGAGCGAGAAGCUUGGGUGAGACACAGUGUGCACCAGCAGAGCAGAUCCUUGCUGGUUACACACACCUACCAUCACCCAACAACCCAGUAACCCUUCGCAGUUGCCUACUUUUUUGGGCUGGCAAUUGUUUCGCGUUCGGUACAUCUUUGCGGACGCGGGAUUUCACUUUUCCGUCGAAUCUUUUUCCCUGGUUGGAGGUCGCACUAAAGUCGUCGUCGACGUGUUGAAUUUUUGGCGAGAGUGGCACGGUGUGCGUGCGCGUACAACCGCGUGAGCGUGUCUGUGUGUUUGUUUCUUCCGUUUCGUGACAAGUGUUUUUUUUUUGGUUGCUUCGAAGAGGCGCCUUUGCGCGUCACUGCUAUGGAAGGGGUGGGAAUGCUUUAAGGUGAAACCAUUCAUGUGGAACCACUGUUUCUCGAUACAGUGUGCCAGUAAGGAUGUAUCGUGCCAAGCAUACCGUUGACCGUGAACCCCUCCGGUACGGUGAGGUCGGAAACGAUCGAAACAGUGACAAUUCGUUAGUGAAGGUAAGCUGUCAUCGGAAGGAAAACGAUACGAUGUGAACAGGUCAAUCAGGAGCGUGAGAAAAAUUUGAAGGGAGCAACAACAACAAAAAGCAGCCCGCACACAAAAUUCCAGCGAUACACAAAUAACACGUUUGAGAGUAUGGUGAGAGCAUACGCCGAUGCAGUGACCAGGAUGAGAUGAAUCACUCACCGAAGGUGAACCGGAAAGUGUGAUACAAAUCGGAUGAAAGUGUGCUAAAUUUGUACCCGUAAGGCGAUAAAUAAUAAGCCUUUAACAGCAACAACCAUUUCACCAGCAAAAGCGUACGACGAUGGUUUGCUAUCUGCUGCGAAGCACAAACGAAAAGACGCGAAAUGUGUACCUAUCUUUACUUUAACUAUCUCACUAUUCGCUAAACAAAAUUUCCGUGUUGUUUUGCCCGUGACCUUUCAUCUGUGUCAGUGUAGAUGAAGAGAUGGAAAAGAAAAAAAAGAUGUAUUUAAUAAGAAAACGCUUUACGAUGGUCGAAUUGAAUCGAUUGCGCCCUUUUUAUUAGACGCCAGCAGUGCUAAUAAUGUGCUGCAAUAGUAACAAACAAAGUAUGGAAGCGGAAUAAAAAAAGCCCAAAAGCAUCCUGGGCUAAGCAAUCGAAGAUGGUGACAUCUUCAACGAUACAUAUCAUGUAGAGAAGUCUGAAUGAAGUGAAGGAAGUUUUUAAUCCUACAACAUCAAUCGUAACAAUGCAUAUCAGCAAUUGCCUCGUGUAGUGUAAACAGUGCUGCACACUUUACUGUCAGUAGUGAGCAAACAGUUUUGUUUUUUGAUAAAUAGUAGUGUGUACCGUAAGCUUUACAAAUACUUAGUAUAAGUGGCUCAACCUUUCGAAGCACCAGGUGGAAUGCUUCAUCUCAUACAUAUCAAUUAGUGAACGAAACGUGCCCGUGUACGAAACGAUUUAUGUGUAUAUUUGUGGUAUGUGUGUGAUACAAUGCGAGGUGUAAAUGUCCACCUUAGUCGAUACGUGCUGUAAGAGACAUAUAAACGAUAUACAGUGAAAAAGUACUCCCCACCAAAAAAAAAAUACACACACACACACAAAACCGGGGAACCAUUUUGGACGCCCCCAGGUCCGACUCGUAUCCAACAGGGUCGAUGCUGCACCCCGAUGCAUAACUGUAGCAGAUGGCACUAUCGGAAGCGGAAAUAAUAGAAGAUCGAUUUUGCUGUCACCGGUUGCCCUGCUGGUGCUGCCAUCACCGUACGCGCCGUUCGCGCCAUCACCGAUGCCCACGAAACGACGCGGCGAUCAAUUGAGGGAUUGUUCCGUUACAUUACCAUUGGAUAUUCUAUGGUUACCCAAAGCGGCUAUGAGGCCCUUCGGGCCAGAUUCUUCACACUCAGAUUGCGUCCUCGUAGUAGGCGUAUCGAGGCCUAAACUGGCAGCGCUGUUUCUAUCGGUGAUGCUGCUAUCGCUAUUCCUAACGUUUCACAUCCUGUACGACAGUGCGGUGUAUAGCAUACAGGCCGCAACUGCUAUUUCGGAGAAUAAAAUUGCCAUACUGACAAAUCAUAUACCCAAUCCACCGGUUAUCAAUCAACCUGUCGUGUUUCCGAACCGCAUACACUUUCCCAAAACUAGUCGUAGAUUACCGCAAUGUUUAAUAAUAGGAGUGAGAAAAUGUGGCACACGCGCCCUGCUCGAGAUGCUGUACUUGCAUCCAAGGAUACAGAAGGCCGCCGGCGAGGUGCAUUUUUUCGAUCGCGACGAAAACUACCUGAGGGGGCUCGAGUGGUACCGGAAGAAGAUGCCACACUCCUUCCGUGGCCAGAUAACGAUCGAGAAGAGCCCCAGCUAUUUCGUGACACCAGAGGUUCCGGAACGAGUACGAGCGAUGAAUGCGUCCAUCAAGCUGCUUCUAAUUGUAAGGGAACCCGUAACGAGAGCAAUAUCCGAUUACACGCAGCUUCGAAGUCACGCGGCAACGGCAACACUACCCCAGCAGCAGAGUCUAUCGUCAACUUCUCCUCUGUCGAGGUCGUUUGAGGAGCUGGCCAUCCUACCGAACGGUACGGUCAACGAGGCGUACCGACCGUUGGCCAUCUCGCAGUAUCAUGUGCACGUGCACCGAUGGCUGGAGGUGUUCCCCCGCGAGCAAUUGCUGGUCGUCAACGGUGACCAGCUUAUCGACGAUCCGGUUUCGCAACUGCGCCGAAUAGAGGAUUUUUUAGGUAUCGAGCCACGGAUCGGUAGCAAUAACUUCUACUUCAACGAAACGAAAGGCUUCUACUGUCUGCGUAACGAAACCGGCGACAAGUGUCUGCGGGAAACGAAAGGCCGGAAGCACCCACGCGUCGAUCCGGUUGUGAUAUCGAAGUUGCGUAAGUUCUUCGUUGAACACAAUCAAAAAUUCUACGAACUCGUCGGUGAGGAUCUCGGAUGGCCGGAAGAGUAGAUGGGAGUCGGCUGCAAAAACCGGAUGUGCAGCGAAAAUGAAGUCAGAGUGAAAACAAUCUGAAAAACAUGUACCCAUCACCAUCACCAUUAAUACAUGCCGGUCCCCAUCGACAGCGGUAGCGUGCGUGGUCUACGAAUGGAAAAAGUGCAUACACACAUACACACGCAAACAAGCAUACACACAAACACACACACAUACACAUAUAUACAAAACUAACCAAGUGAGACUGAUCGAAAAGUGUUGGGUAGGUAAGAUGGAGCAAAAGCAAGCAAAUAGACAAAAACAAAGAAGGGCAAUAUGAUGGCGAAGGUGAGUAAUACAUGGCGGGCCGUGCCGUAAAAGUUGCCGGCCAAUUUACUUCGAUCGUAGUUUGUAUAUUGCGAACCGUAUCGGAUCGGCAGAAUGAUGCAUGCGUCAAAAUAUCCCCGCCGGUGAUCGUGUGGCGGGCCGUUUGCGAAACGUUCAUUUGUUGCUUUGCCCCGGUUUUGAUAGGUUUAUGUAAAAAUAACAACAACAAAAAAAAAACUAUGAAUUGAAAUACACAAAGGGCAUUGUUUUUCACGCAGUGGAAAGAUAAUUCUUUGCUUGUAUGAAAAAACAUAUUAGAUAGGAAUCAAUUGAAAUCGCUUACAAUAUGGCAACCGAUCGCUGGUGCGCAACGAUGGGAAUGGAGAUUAUGAGUGGGAAAAUUCAUCAUGUUUUGUUCAUAAUUCUUUAAUUAAGACGUGUUUUGUUGAUAAUUUAUUUUCUUCGCUUGAAAGAUUUAUUUUUUUCUGUAUUAGAAUUUGUUUCGCAUCAAGUUUUAGACAGGUUUUAAAUCUUAAGCCUCGGGGUCAUGACAGAUGAGAUUUUCCCUCAAACUAUCUCAGUUUCUCAAAGAGUCUCAAAUCUAAAGUUUACGUUACCUUUUGAGGUUAGCCUCGAAUUUUGUUUUUUUUUUCAAAAUAUAUAAAAUAUGGUUAAAAAAUGGGAUUUAAGGAUACGAAUUCAAAUAAAUAUUUUGUUAGUUAAUGGAAGAAAAUUCAUCCAUCGUUUUUCGCUUAAAAAGCUGAGGUUGUGAAAAAAACCUUAUGCACAACUUGUGUCACGCGCUUUUUGGAUCUAUAAAAGCAAUUCCUUAAAAAUUGUCUCCAAACAUAUUUUAGACUUUGGUUGAUGUGCCAGGCUUUCCUUAAAAACACCAAUCACUCGUGAGCGCCUGAGGUUUUGAGUUCUAAAGAAAAUCCUCAAUCGUCAUCGCUUCGUAGCCUUAGUGUGAAGUUUAUCUCACCAAAUAUUUCAAAUACAGACCAAAGUUUUCAACAGUAAAACUUGAUGUUCUGUCAACAAUGUUUUAUUCAAUUCGACAUUUAUUUCUGCACAUCUUAAGAGUAUAUUUUCUCUUUUAUAAAGCAUUCAAUGCACUCUUCUGCUUUUGGCCCGGGUUCCGUUUCGCUAGGAUAAACAUGUUAUUUCCAAAUCAUUUAAAGAUCACCGAAAACGGUCUGUUUGUUCACCGACAGUUCAGUUCGCCAGCGUGGUUUUUUUUUGGGUCGAAAAUGCUUCUGCUCUCGAUCCAUAUGGUUGCUGGUCCAUAGGUAAGGUCAGUGUGUAUGCCGUUUUUUGGUACUAUAAAUAUUCUUCCCGUAUUACAUCUACAAUCCUGCAUUCCCGGUUAACCACCAAACCAGUACCAGAGUGAGCACCCUGGUAGUUCGUUUGGCAAAUGUGAAGAAAUAUUUCAUGAGUCCCAAUUUUGCCAUGUUCUUCGGACACUGCCGCCAGCACACAAGGAUGAUGCGGCACGAUCCUGGCACGAAUGUAACGAUUUCAUCUUGCCACUUGUUUCGCUCCAUUUCCCGACGUUUCUUGGGCACCGGCCGAGCAACGACGAUAGCUUGGCCACAUUUAAGUUGAAAAUAAUCGGUCGUUCGCCGGGACAAAUUGAGCUGAAAUGUGCUCGACCAUUCGGUAGCGUUCCGUGCUGCAUGCUUGCACAAAUGUCCAGACUUUCCCUCGGAAUGGUUCGAUGCAUCUUGGCGCUCCCUAACGAUCCGACUCCCAUCCCUGGCCCGUUGUGAACCGCGACAUGUGCUGGCUAGAAACGUGCUCGAACAAGAUGUCUGAGCUUUUCCGUUAUUUUUUUGCCACCGUUCUCCUUCGAUGCUGCAUGAUACCGGGAAUCCAAAAUGGCCAGCAUAAGCGAAAACGGGUGCCGUAGACCGUGGGAAAAUGUGGAACCGUAUGAAUCCGAAAAUCCGAGUUCAUUGCAAUGUCCAUUCGAUGGUGAAUCGUGCACAUUACGGAACAUACGGACAAACAUACACCAACGUAUAUCAUAUUGGUGUGGGCCGAGUUUUCGUUCCUCUCUACACUUCGUCAUCUUCUCCCGCAGUCCAACCCUUGCAGGGGGGGAAAAAAAGUCCCCACAGAUUGCUUGCCGUAUGAAUUGGUAACGGAUUAAGUUUUGCGUCCAAAAAAUUCAUCGAGGUCACACGUGUAUGAGCGUAAAAGUACGUGACUUUUCAACGCGCGCGGCUGCGACGCGGCUGGUGGCUGGCGAUGGUGGUGGUAAACAAACUGCAACCUGCUCGUACUGUUCACUUUGCUUGCCAUUUUCUAGGAUCUUCAUCUCUUCUAGUGUGGGGGGAAAUACAAGGCUGAAGGCGGUUGGGAAAACCCAAGCAAAACGGGCAGUGAAAGCCCCACGAGGAAAAGCUGAUGAUAGAAUGUGCUUCACCGUUCGCUGGUGGUUGGUGGUUUUCUCACGCCAAAGCCCAGCAGCGAAAACAGUGUGAAAAGGAUACAGGAAAAAAGUGGUCGUUACGAUCGAGAAGAAUAUGCUUCAGUUUGUUGAUGUAGAGAACCAACAAAAAAAAACAAAAACCCCUAACGGCAGACAAAAAACACACCACAUUUUCGAUACUGAGCGCAAAAAAAAAGCGCUCGCAAAUCGAAAUCGAAAAACGCACACCAAUUUUUGGUGACUUUUCGAUUUGCGGCCAAUCGUGGACGUGUGUUUUGCGAGACAAACAUGUGCCGAGAGUUUGAAAAGAAAAUGGAACUAUUAGAACAAAAAGAAGAAAAAAACACGGACACAUACAUCUGUCCUGUGUUAGCAAACAUGGCUUCCCCCCGUUGAUGAUUGACAUUUUGAGAUAGAAACCCCCCAAAAAAAAAUGGUUCUCGAUGGAUGCACCCUUCAUAUGCACACUUCUACAUGCGUUAUCAUUCGAUGAAGAUUUGAGCAUCGUGUCAAUUUUUCUUUUCGAAGCGUUUUGUUUUUUUUUUGUUUGGUUUUAAAUUAAUCCACAUCCUACGGAGCACCAUGCGUCUCCAUCGCGAACGGACGGACGCUUGCAAACAGCAUGAUGUGAGGUGAUGCAAGAUGCUGACCGAAACUAGCUGAGUAAUCCUAUUUUCAGCGUGAAACUGUACAUUCGCUUCACACCGAGGUUGGUGGGAUGGUCACAUAUGUGUCGUGCCGUUCCGCAUGCCUGCGGGAUGGGAUUAAUGAAAGCUACCAGGCGCCUCCAUGGUAGGCAGCGUGGUGAGCGCAAAAGCCAAUUCGUUAGCAUUGUUGACAAAUUUUUGCAUCUGACAGCAGUGCAACGCUCGGGGAGCUUAUGUUUGUUUUCUCUUUUUCGUGUGUGUGUGUGUUGCAUUAAAAAAAGUGAAAAAGUGCCUGUGCAGCAGUGAGUGUUGAAUGGUGUUUUGUUAGCGGUUUAUCGAUUUUUAUUAAAAUGUUUUAGUUGAAUGUAACGAUGAAAAGAAAGCAUUUGAAACAGUAGUUAAUAAACUAAAGAAUUCGUAUUUAGUAUAUCUUUCUACCCUGAAACUUCUGAAAGAGCUGAAACUUCUCCUAAAGUACUUCGUAAAGCAUGAAUCAGAUUGUUGAAAUGUGCAAAGAAAAAAAUAAAACCCAAACACUUCGUUUCCACUGCAAUCAAUAUUCCACGAAAAGCACCUUCAGAUGCCAUCGUGAGUAGCCUUAUCGUUUGCCGCUUCCGACACCGCUGAACGUGUACGUGCAUAAUAAUCUUCAAUUCCUGGGUUUUCAAGCGUCGGCUUUCUUCCACUUCCUUCGCCACCCACAACGAAUGGGUAAUGAAAAAUCCAUUACAACGAAUGAAGGUGACUCCCCCGGCCCCGGGGCACUUUGCAGUGUGGCCGCGUGGUAAAGCUCUUGAAUUUACAUCCUCGAAAAGGUCAUUCCAGUUGUGUUCUCGUCAAAACGCGGCCCGAAAACGGGUCGGGUGGCCUUCAACCGUUCAGGUCCAGUUGGCCGCAACGACACCCAGAAGGGUGAAUCGCGUGCAUUCGUGUGCUGUUGCGAUAAGUUGACCUCGUUGGUGGUCCACCCGCGUGGCAAUGGUUUCUUUUGCUGUUCUGUUCCGGGAAGUGAUUCGAAAAUCGGAGCAAAAUUGUUGCAUCAUGCCACAGCCCAGGUUUUUGACCGGUGGUUGGACACUCGCGUAAGUGUGCUUCGAUAUCGCUGAGCGUACAUUUAAAUUGCUUUCCCAAAAAAAAAAAACGAUAACACACAAUGAACCGAUGGUAAAAGGGAUGGGAACGACACCCGUCACGUCUCACACAGAGUUGCAUCAACUUUUCACCUAACAUUCUUUCGGGCGGUUUUUUUUCUUCUUUCUUUUCGCUUUGUGCUGUGAUAAGAUUCACUCGCAAGGGUCAUUUUUAUCGUCUGCCAAAAAAAAAAAAUGCUCGAACAAUCAAGUCAAGUUGGUCAAGUAGAACGGGAACCUGAAUAACAGGAAAAAAAAUGCUCCCUCCGCACUAGAACGGAUAGCGAGUAGGUAGCACUUCACGAAGUCACUCUUACCGAACUUUAGCAGGCACUCGUUUGUCCACUGUUUCGUUUUUCCCUUUUUUUCUUGCUUUGGUACCCACUUCACGUGAAUCUUUCUGCCGGAGGGGGGCUAGUACUCCAAACCACCCCACAAACCAUCCAACCAUCAUCACGUAACAGCGUGUGUCACAAACACACAACGUACACCUGAUAGCCCCCACACCUCCCCAAAAACCCCAUGCCGGGAAUGUGAACCGAGAGGAAGGUGAACAAACGAGAUAGCCCAACGUUUGGCUAACGGGAAAAGUUUCCUGUUUGGAAAUCAAAUAAUUAGAACCAUUUGCAUAAUGUGCCCCAAAGGGAGGGGAGGAGCAGUUGAACGACGAUGGAACGAGGUUAGAGUGGAAUGCCGUCACCAAUUCUACAGCCUGCCCAACCCACACUCAAUGGGUUCGGAAGGGGUUUGCCGACGGUGGGCAGUGGUUGGGCAUCGAUCGGAUCAGGCCUCGUAUUGCUUUCAUUCUCUUGUCAUGAGUGCUUGAUAGGUUGCUUUUCUCGGUUUCGGCUUCUUUCUUCCGAUAUCACCGAUCUCAAGUGGGUCCGUUCUUGGGGUUAUCUAGAUAAGGAAUACCUCACUAGCUUAUUUAGGAGUAUGAAAGGAAAACUACCUUGCAAGAAGGAUGUUUUAGAUCAAAGCUGGUUUUUCACGAGGAAGAUACUUUGAAAAUAUGUGUUUUUCAUUUUUUAAUUACAAUAAACUUGUUUUGGUUUGGUUUGUCGAAUGUAACAUUGGGAAGUUUCAAUUGGAAUUAAUUAUUUACAACCAAAAAAUAUUGUUACUAGUGAAUAGCUUACAAACAUUUCGCUUUAAAAUAUUUAACUUCAACCGGUAAAAUCGAAUUUACCUAGCAAACCCUCUUCCGUUCUCAGAAUUUGGUUGUUUUCCUCGCAAAAACCCUUCUCUACUAACCGUAAGAUGACUGCAGCAAUGUUUCAGUUCCGGUUAAACAAAAGACACUUUUUUUGCAUUUUUCAUGUCCGUAACAACAGUCCGUAAGUCCAAGUAAGAUGACGUUUACAGAAAAAGGUCAUGCAGACAGAUAUCCCGACCGGGUAAGGUUGUCUGGUCUGGCGAUGUAACGUUUUUUUUUGUGUUGCUUCCAUUUGCUGCAUCCGGAUUGUUUCCUGACUAGGAGCUAACGUUUGUUGGUGUGUGUGCAUGUUUCUGUAUUUUGUUUGUACUUCUUCCCUUUUGUUUCCUUCCCGUCCCUACCCGGUUUGUCUUUUUACCCGUCACUCGUUUACGCUUUAAUCUGCUUAACUCGGCUCAAGCUUUUCCACCUUCAGCGUGAUGCGUCAUAACUGUCACGUGUUCGGUUUUUUUUUUUUGCAAACGGAACAUGGAUCUUGGAUCGAGGACAUACUGUCAGAGCUUUAGCGAAUUUCUUUUUGCCUUUUUGUACCGUGGGAACAUUCGUUUGUCCGUGCCAGAAAAAAGAGGGAUCAGCCUACAUUUCGCUGCUCGCUGCUAGUAACCGGGGGUGGCCAACCAGCUUGAUGUCGUUUUUACCACGAACAAAAGCAAAAAGGGUUACAUUUUUAUGCAAGGAAGGAAGUAAAAGCAACGUUAAGUGAAGUAAAGAGCGCAUAAAGUAGCGGUUCGUUGCUUGGUGAUUCGAUUUAUUUAAAGAUGCUAGGAAAAUGCGUGCUUUUGCAUACAUUCCAGCGCCUAGCAUUUGAUAAUGAUGGUUUAGAGAAGAUUUGAGCUUAUAUAGCGUUGACAUCUUUUGAAACGGGUCGAAUCAUUCGUAAACUCUAAAAUUUUAUAUAAUUUAGUAAUAUUAAGCUAACAUAUUUUUUUUGUCUAAAAUAACGUUAAAAUGGCAAAAAGUGCACACACUCGUGUACCUUCUACAUCAACACGAUACAGUGCCGGUGUGUCCAUCACCGUUACAAAUAUUAGUAACCCCUUCGGGAGGAAGCCAAAGCGUACGUUCUUAUCAUGCGCUUUCCCUUCUAUCAUUCUGCACUGUCAAAUCCCACCUUGCGUGACCGUAACGACCACGUGGGUCCCACUGCUUGGGUCGUAAAAUACGGCACCGGCACCAACAAAAUGAAAAGCAAAAAAGAAACGCAACACAAAAAUACCGUCAAGCUAACAAUUUAUGGUACAAUUUUAAACCUCACCCUAACAUUCGCAAGUGUGUGUGUGUAUGUGCGUAGAAGUGGCCUGGGGUGUAACAACCACCGUGCACCAUGAUCGACGAACCACUGUUGCACCAUAGUGCGUGGAACGGAGAGAAAGAGAACGAGAGAGCGAGCGAAAGAUAGAAAAUAACAGAAAAAACCUUCCCAUUCUCGGUUUCCGCGAUACGCGAUGACAAAAGAAGUGCAGAAGAUUAAUGCUGGAAAUAUUUUAUCAUUUCAUUCCAGCAUUUUUGAGUUUUGGGGUUGGGUUGGGAGUAAUGUUGAAACAAUGGCAAGUUCCAAUUUUACGUGCUCUGGCGACGCUACUACUUGCGCAGAACCGUGGAGUGGAUUUGUUCUUGGUGAUGAAUAAUUUUUACGCCAUCCGCAACGAUGAGGAAAAUGGCAAGGCGAGAUUCACUGAAGAGUUUUUUUUUAAAGCGAAUUUUACUUCUUCUUUUUUGCACAUAUUAAUUUCCUAUGAUCCUACAACCAUAUGUAAAUAUUGCACUUCCUUUCGGUGGAUGAAGGACGCGUGUAACAAUAUAAUUUACGAACAUCCCGUACAGGGUGUACUGUAAACCACCAGCACCAGAAACAAAAUGUAAUGGGAAAAUGAUAUAUGUUCAGAAAGUCACACAGUGGGAAAGAGCAGAACAAAUAAGAUGGAAUUUUAUUUUUUGUGAAACAUUUUUGGGUCAGGCGUGGACAAACAGUCAGAAAGGUUUUGCUGUGUAUUUGAUGGGAAUGGUAGGGAAUCAUCUAUUAUGAGCCAACCACUAAAUUCAUUUCUUUACAGUCAUCAAGUGGAUCGUUUGAAGCUAAUGAUUGACUAGCGAUGAUGCCAGAAUUAGUUUCAACAGGACGACUCCAAGUCAGGUGCUGUAAACCGCUUUGUAGGCUUGACCUGUUACAAGGAGUAUUCUCAUCCGGUUGAGGUUGUGCACCGUGGUUUGCCAAUCGAUUAUCGAUGCCUUUCUGUCGGUCGCAUAAAUGGUAUUCCCUCCAUCUAAUUUUGGGUCUGCAACGCCUCAUCUGUCCAUGUGGACAACCUAAGAGGACUUUGCGUAGUGAGUUGUCCGGUACCAUUCGAAUGACAUGAUCAGCCCAUCAUCUCAUGGAGCUCGGCAUUAUAGCGAGAAGACCCAAAAUAAUUGAAGUUUUUGGACGACUUCUUAAGAAACAAUCAAUCUGUUCCUCACUCCUGCGUUAGUUAGCAGAGCCACUGGUGGCGCCAACAUCAGUUUGGUUUUUACCUCGUUGAUAAGUGUCCGGUACGUAGAAGAGCUAAAACCAAUCAUGUGUUCAGCACAUGCUAGGAUCUGGAUUGACUUAUAGAAGAUAGAUCCUGGAAGUUUUAACUUCUGAGUCGCGGAUGGCCCUCUCCAGCGCUAAUUUGAAAAGUAGACAGGCAAACCCAUCUCCUUGACUCAGACCCUUGGUGGAAGCAAAGGAUUCUAAGAGUUUCCCAUCCACUAUAACCUCAACUUGCAGUAGAAAAAUCAGUUUAAAAACUCAGGGACGCCAUAUAGUCCGACCCUGGUCUCAAGCGAGUGAUAAGAUAUUGAGACCAGGAGAACAUGAAUAAUUUUAUUUUUUUAGAGUUUUUCGCCUGGAAGGAGUCCUAUGAGAGAGGAAUUAUGAAGCAUCGUUAAUACUGUCCUCAGCUUAUACAAGAAAAUGCUGCAUAUUUGAACCAAAUCGUACAAUCCCAAAAUUGUUGCAAAAAAAAAUCAUGAGUUAAAUGCAAAAUUUAUGAUUUCUACCGUAAAACUCAAGAACAUGACCGAAUAUUCAAAAAAAUAUCUCUGUUUCCCAAAUUUCCAACAUUGCCUGCGAGCCCUCUCUUGCAAUACAACCAACUUUACAAAAUAUAUUUUAUCUUGCAAAAUGUCCACCCUCUGUCUCAAUAUGCGACAGCAGCAAACACCACUAAUCUAACCGCCAUCUCUCUUCAUCGCAACCGGGAAAUGGGUUAAUCGAAAACCGGCGGUGAAAAUUAUUUAUAUCUCCCCACGAGUUUAUCAAUGCGCGUACCAACCGGGAUAGCGCACAACACAAUGGCACUAGAUAAAUGGGCAAGCAAAUAAGAUAACAACAGUAUCAAAUGGAGUUUAUACAACACAUACACACAGAAAAAGCGCUCUAAACUCGAAACCUUAGAGGGGUGUGUAAUCCUCAUCCAACGGAAAAAAAGGGGAAAAGGAUAGAUGCACCGUGUACCGAGCAUAAUCCACAUAAUUACUGCAAAACAAUUCACCACAGCGAAUCGGUUCCGUGCGAGUUUUCCAUCCUUCGCCUGCGAAUGGUGAUUCGAUUUCGAUAGAAAGCUUAAACAUAAAUUCCGCUUUUCAUGUUAUUUCAACUACGGUGCAAGGAAGGAAGGACGUUGGUUUUUGGUGGAUGCUGUUACGGUGUGGAGUAGAAUGGGGUUUAUCUUGUUGCUUCUGCAUCGUUGCUCGCUUCAACCCCAACUAUACAACCACAUCCCCGUGAACCGUGCCGUUAGGUGUACAAUGAACUCAUAUAGUGCUUAAACAAAUCGGCGGGGAUCUGCAUAGCUGCAAAUGGUUCCAUGCAUAGCUGCAUUUACUGUAUAUGCAGCAGCAAAAGCUUCCAGGUAACACAACAUUCAGGUCAACAGGACUUUUAUACCGUACUUUCUCGUGCAUAUGGUAAACAGAUGGCCUAUUUUUUCUCUCCCGAUUUUUUGCUUUGUUUGAAUGUUCAAAAUCUUGUUCGGAAGUGUUUUUGGGGUAUAGGAAAAGAGCUCAGGAUCAUAAUGGAAGGUUUACUCUAAUGUGAAAUAAAUUACCGGUACCGGUGGGACGAUUCAUCGCGUUUGGACACAUUACAACUAGCUUCUGAAGUGGUUUAGUUUUUUUUGCUUGAAAAAAGCAUAUUCUGGGGAUUGUAGUAAAUCCAUAUUUCAAGCUAGCAUUUACGCAACAGGUAAUCAAUCAUGGUACGCACCGUAAUGGAGUGAAGUGGUUUGAAAUGCUUACGUGGCAAACCAUCAUUAACAUGGUGCAUCAUUAUGUUGCUCCCCUGUUCUUGUGCAUAAGAAAAAAAAGAACCCAUUUUCUUAUCCUAGCGUAUUUUCUUUUCAUCGGAAACAAUCAUUUCCUUUCGACGAAAAAAACACACACACCAAACGAAAAAAAAAAACAAACAUUAUAUUCCCUCAUAAUGAAAACAACCAUUUUUCAUAACGAUCGGAUCAGUUCCGAACAUCCGACUUCAAUCGUUGCGUACACGACAUGAAAGAAAAGGUAGCGUUUUUUAAACGAGAUCACUCGAUCGAUCGAUUAAAGUGAAGUAGGUUUUUGUUUGAUUGUAGUCCUCACCUUUCACCCACCUCUCUGUCCGUAAGGGCAAGUAAAACGUUGAGCAACAUUUAUUAAAAUAAACAAACAACCGAACGCAAUCGGAAUCGAUAAUAAUUCCAGUUUGCGUUUGUACUUUGCUUGAUUCAUUCGCGCGUAUGUGUGUGUGCGUGUUUUUCUUCUCCAUUUUCUGCUUCUUCUGACACAAUGUACCCGAUGCUUAUCAAAUGUUUACCGAAAAGCAGACGGUUUUACUCGAUUUUUGAUCUUUCGACCUGGGCAUAGGUGACCUUCCUAGCUGGCAACUCAAUUUAUUUUAUUUUCUUGACUGGUUUUCAUCUCCCUUUCGCUGACCAUUUUCCGGAAGUACCUACAUACCUACUGGAAACGUGACGCGAAACUUCUUCCGCUGCUACUUCCAGCCGCCGCCAAGAACCACCAGAAGUCCUUGCCCCGUGACAUGUCGCCGCAUAUACGGAUGGUAAAACUGAUGUCAAUAUUUGCAUGGCCCUCUUCAUAUCGAUGUUUGUGUUUUAGUUUUCUUUGCUAAAAUUUUAUUCCUUCCGAUUUUCCAAUCCGAUCUUAUCCGAGCUGAACGUAACUAUUCCGUUUGCUUGCGGAUGUUUGGAACGCGUUACAUUGGCUGCAACCGCAUGGGUUUGCGUCGCGAGCGCUCAUCCGAACGAUACGACAUGGCUGAUGUGAUGUGAUGUAAUUUCCGGAUAAGGGAACUUUCCAAUUAUCGGAAAAAGUUAUGCGAAACCGGCGAAUCCCCGGCGUCGGUAUAUUUGGGCAAACUUGGGCAGAUUUUAAAAGGGAAACCGGGGGGAGCAAUCGAGCAAUGAAUGCUAAUUUUAUGUUCGAGAGUUGGUAGUGGCUUUUGCAUACCAAAUACCAACCAACAUCAAGCUAUAUGGCUUGUAGUGUAAGUGGUUUCGAACUCAAAUUCGACGCUACGUUUUCGAAGGUAUUUUAAACUGAAUAAAAACACAGUUUUGAGCGAAUGGAUAAUUAUAUAAAUUGAUUACUUUUGCUUCAUAGCUUUGAAAGAUAUUGUUGUUACAAUUAUAUAUAAUUUAACCUGUCAAACGCUCAAUCAAACGAUGAUGGUAGUGUAUUGCUUGGAUGCAAUCACAUCCCGAUAAAUUAGCAGCAACACGCAAUAGAGAUAGCUAAUAAGUCCUAAUUGCGGAAAAUAAAUUCCGUUUAUCUUUCUUGCUUUUAUGUGCCUAUCAAAAGUUGCUUGUAGUAUAAAUCAUCCAAAACAAUUUACAAUUAAACCUAAUUUCUCCGCUAAUCUAUCAAUUAAUCCAUCAAUCUCAGAUCUAUUUAUUUGAGGUUCAAUUGUUUUUUAAAUAUUCCACUCUUUGAAGGAGUAAAUUUCCUGUUAAUUUUUAAUUACUACGACUGUUGCAAGCCUACAAACUAAAUUAUUUGCAUACGUCAACUAAAAUUAAUGUACCAUUUAUUCAGGCUCAUCUAUCAACCGGGUAUUGGAUCAGUUGAUAAAUGAUUGAAGUGAAUAAAUGAUUGAAUACUAUCUUACGCCGAAGUCACCAGUUUUGGGAAUCUUUCGUAUAAUAGCCGACAGCUCUCCUUUUUUGUUGGUUAAAAUGAUAAGGAUUGUAUUUUAUUUCUGCAUCUACUGUACCGCUUCUGGGCAUCCUUAUGUUCUCCGUUUAUGGAUAUGACUCAGAGACUUCUUCGAAUCUUCCUUCAACCUUCAGGCUUUAUAGAAUACCAUAAACAAAUAGCUAAUUUAUUUUGAUGUGAAAGAACAUAAAUAAUGUUUUCUUAUCAUGUUUUGCUAAUGAUUUGUGCAUGCUUUGUGUACAAAAAAUACUCCUUACUUUUUCUGCAAUAGCACGAUGAUAGACCAAAAUGAUCAUUGCCUGUGAAUAAGGAUGGGUCAACUAGCUCUCUCAAAAGAGCGCGCGGAGCUAGCUCUACUCUGAGCGAAUUGCAGUCCAAAGAGCACACUGAACGCUGUGUGAAUAUCGCUAAAAGUAAUUUAUUGGGCUAGGUGUAUAAAUAUAAAGUAAAUUUAACAAUUUUAAUUUGAUAACGAAUGCUUCGCAAAAUUAAAUUUUUCAGAAUUACACUGAUUUAUAUUUCCUUUCAUUUUCGAAGAAAUUUUCAUUUCUUCAUUUGAGGAAGCUCAUUCGCUCACGAUCCAUCAUUAUUUGUGGAAAUUUGAAUCGAGAACAAGAAAUUUGCAUGUUUUAUAAUAAUUUUGCUCUCACAUAAAAUCACUUUUUCCCAUAAAACAUAUGAUUUAAAACAGGCAAAGAAUACUAUAAUUGUACUAACCCCAUAAAGUUAUAGAAAAAUUUAUUGUUUAAAUACUUCUUAUUUAUUGACAUACAGAACCAAAAUUUGUUGCUUGCUGGUGAUUUUUUCUUCUAUGAACACAGCUCAUCAAAAUCAAAUGUUCUUUGCAGAACAUAAAAAAGGGAAGCACAAAUUUCGGUAGCUUAGAUAUUGGAAAUUACAAAACCACCGUGGGGCAGGAAAAUACAUCCAUCCAUGGUAAGAAAUCGGGAAACCGUUCUUCAAGCAAAAGCGAUCCCCGUUAACCGAACCCCGAUUAAUAUCCUUCGAAAACGUCAAGCACAGUCAAACGGCUGUCGUUUCCGGCUCGAGGGCAGGUGCUUUAAUUUCGGUGCUACAUUUCUAUCGCUUAGAAGCAAGAA